AACAACAAGGUUCGGCGGUUUGCAUUCGAGCUGAAGAUGCAGGAUAAGAGCACCUACCUGCUGGCUUCGGACAGUGAAGGAGAGAUGGAGGACUGGAUCAACACGCUCAACAAGAUCUUGCACAGCAGCUUUGAGAUCGCCAUGCAGGAGAAGAGGAAUGGAGACAUUCACGAUGAUGAUGAUCUUGGAAAGUCAGACAGUUCCUCCUCUGGCAGCAUGGACAGCUUUCAGAGCGCAAGAGAUAUUGAGUCCAGGAUGAGGAGCGAGACCAGGUUGAAGCUGUUCACCCUGGACCCUGACACACAGAAACUCGAUUUCUCAGGAAUAGAGCCGGAUGUGAAGCAGUUUGAGGAGAAGUUUGGCAAGCGGGUUCUUGUGAACUGCAAUGACCUCUCAUUCAACCUGCAGAGCUGUGUGGCCGAGAACGAGGAGGGACCAACCACCAACGUGGAGCCAUUUUAUGUCACCCUGUCACUUUUCGACAUCCAGAAUGGCCGUAAGAUCUCCUCUGACUUCCACGUGGACUUAAACCACCCGUCCGUAAGAGGAAUGGUGCCCAGUAACACCAGUCAGUAUAUGAACGGGGGAGGGGACGCCCAUCCUGAGGGGCAACGGUUGGUCCAUGGGGUGCCAGAGACAGCCAUGCAAUAUCCAAGACAGGGAGUGUUCUCGGUAACGUGCCCCCACCCAGAUAUCUUCUUGGUGGCUCGCAUAGAGAAGGUGCUCCAGGGAGGAAUCAACCACUGUGCCGAGCCGUACAUGAAAAGUUCAGACUCCACCAAGGUGGCACAGAAGGUCCUGAAGAAUGCCAAGCUGGCGUGUGGCCGGUUAGGACAGUACAGGAUGCCUUUUGCCUGGGCAGCAAGGCCUUUGUUCAAAGAUGCUUCAGGGACACUCGACAAAAGUGCUCGUUUCUCAGCUCUGUACAGACAGGACAGCAACAAGCUAUCCAACGACGAUAUGCUCAAAUUGCUAGCCGACUUCAGAAAGCCAGAGAAGAUGGCCAAGCUGCCUGUAAUCCUAGGAAACCUUGAUGUUACCAUUGACAAUGUAGCCCCCGACUUGACAAAUUGUGUUACCUCAUCCUACAUUCCUGUGAAGCAGUUUGAUGUCAGCGAGAAGACCAACAUCUUCUUUGAAGUGGAGGAGUUUGUGCCGUGCAUAGCCAAAUGUUCUCAGCCUUUCACCAUCUACAACAAUCACCUCUAUGUCUACCCGAAGCACUUGAAGUACGACAGCCAAAAAUCAUUUGCAAAGGCUAGAAACAUAGCUGUCUGCAUUGAGUUCAAGGAGUCAGAUGAGGAGGACGCUGUUUCACUGAAGUGCAUCUAUGGCCGACCUGGAGGAUCCUUGUUUACCAAAAAUGCCUUUGCUGCAGUAUUACAUCACCAGCAGAACCCUGAAUUCUACGAUGAGUUUAAGAUCGAGCUGCCAACCCAGCUCCACGAGAAACAUCAUCUGCUGUUCACCUUCCACCACGUCAGCUGUGACAGCAACAGCAAGGCCAGCACCAAAAAGAGAGACCUGGUUGAGACUCAGGUGGGUUACGCCUGGCUCCCCCUGCUGAAGGACGGCCGGGUGACCAUGAAUGAGAGUCAGAUCCCUGUGGCUGCCAACCUGCCUGCUGGAUACCUCAGUUGUCUGGAGGGUGCCAGCAAGCAUUCAGGUCCUGAAGUCAAAUGGGUGGAUGGAGGCAAGCCUUUAUUUAAGGUGUCCACUCAUCUUGUGUCCACUGUCUACACUCAGGAUCAACAUUUGCACAACUUCUUUCAUCACUGUCAGAGCACUGUGCCUGCACCCCAGGUGUCAGGGGGAGAACUGGUCAAAUACCUGAAGAGUCUGCACGCGAUGGAGAGCCAUGUGAUGAUCAAGUUCCUGCCCACCACCCUUAAUCAGCUGUUCAGGGUGCUGACCAGCGCCACCCAAGAGGACGUGGCGGUCAACGUCACCAGAGUCAUGAUUCACAUCGUUGCCCAGUGCCACGAGGAGGGGUUGGAGCACUACCUGAGAUCUUAUGUGAAGUUUGUAUUCAAGACUGAGCCACACACGUCCUCCACCACCCGAACAGUGCAUGAGGAGCUGGCUAAAGCCAUGACUGCUAUCCUGAAGCCGUCCACUGACUUCCUCACGAGCAACAAACUCCUCAAGUACUCCUGGUAUUUCUUUGAAGCCUUAGUCAAGUCCAUGGCUCAGUACUUGAUUGAGAGCGGUAAAGUGAGGCUGUCCAGAAACCAGCGCUUCUCAGCAUCCUUCCAUCACACUGUGGAGACUCUGGUCAACAUGAUGAUGCCACACAUCACUCAGAAAUAUAAGGACAACCUGGAUGCUGCCAGGAAUGCCAACCACAGUCUGGCGGUCUUCAUCAAGCGCUGUUUCAACCUGAUGGACAGAGGCUUCAUGUUCAAGCAGAUCAACAACUACAUCAACUGUUUUAUGCCUGGAGAUCCAAAGACGCUGUUUGAGUUCAGGUUUGAGUUCCUGCGUGUUGUCUGCAACCACGAGCACUACGUCCCCUUAAACCUGCCCAUGCCAUUUGGAAAGGGAAGGAUACUGAGAUUUCAAGACCUCCAGAUGGAUUACUCGCUGACAGAUGACUUCUGUAAGAACCACUUCCUGGUCGGGCUGCUGCUCAGGGAGGUCAGUGCAGCUCUGCAGGAGUUCAGGGAGAUUCGACAGAUAGCCAUCCACGUGCUGAAGAACCUGAUGAUGAAGCACACGUUCGAUGACCGCUACACCUCCAAAAGCCAGCAGGCCAGGUUGGCCACGCUGUACUUUCCCUUGUUUGGUCUGCUCCAAGAGAACGUCAACAGGCUGAAUGUGAAGGAAGUGUCCCCGUUCACCGUCAACCACUCCAACAAUAAUGGAAGAGAAGAGUCACUUCUUACAAACGCUUUGAUGACACCUCCCAGAUCCAGCACCUUUCUGGACACCAGCCUGCACAAAGAUGUGUUUGGAGUCAUCUCUGGCACCUCUUCACCUCACACGUCAUCAACCCCCAACAUUAACUCCGUGCGCCAUGCCGACUCUCGCGGCUCACUCAUCAGCACUGAUUCUGGCAACAGCCUGCCUGAGAAGAACAACGACAAGGGCAACUCUCUGGACAAGAACCAGGCGGCUUCAUCCCUGGGCAGUACGCUGCUGCGAUGUGAUAAACUGGACCAGGCAGAGAUCAAGAGCCUCCUCAUGUGCUUCUUACAUGUGCUCAAAAGCAUGUCUGAGGACGCUCUCUUCACGUACUGGAACAAGGCUUCGUCUGCUGAUUUAAUGGACUUCUUCACUCUCGUAGAAGUGUGCCUCCAUCAGUUCAGAUACAUGGGGAAGAGAUACAUCGCAAGGAACCAGGAUGGGGCAGGACCUGUAGCACAUGAGCGGAAGUCUCAGACUCUGCCUGUGUCCCGUAACAGGGCGGGAAUGAUGCAUGCCCGCUUACAGCAGCUCAGCAGCCUGGAUAACUCAUACACUUUUAACCACACCUACAGUCACUCGGAUGCAGACGUGUUAAAUCAGUCGCUGUUGGAGGCUAACAUCGCUACUGAAGUGUGCCUGACCGUCCUGGACACACUAAGUAUCUUCAUCAUGGGAUUCAAGACCCAGCUGUGCUCCGACCACGGCCACAGUCCACUCAUGAAGAAGGUUUUUGAAGUCCACCUCUGUUUCCUGCGGAUCAAUCAGUCAGAAACGGCUCUCAAGCAGGUCUUCACUACGCUGCGCACCUUCAUCUACAAGGUGUGAAGAACGUUGGUUUCC